AUGUGCAUGACGCUCGGCGGGCGCGUCGCCGAGGAGAUCUUCUUCAAGCGGAUCACGACGGGCGCCCAGGACGACUUGCAGAAGGUGACGAGGAUGGCCAUGGAGGUCAUCGCCAACUACGGCAUGAACCCGGCCGUCGGCCCGUUGUCGUACCGCCAGGACCAGGAGUCGUUCCAGAAGCCGUUCUCGGAGAAGACGGCGCAGCUCAUCGACGACGAGGUCCGCUCGAUGGUUCGUCGCGCGCACCAGCGGUGCCACGACCUCCUCACCGAGAAGAAGGAGCAGGUCGACAAGGUGGCGCGCGUCCUGCUCGACAAGGAGGUCCUCAGCCGGAGCGACAUGAUUGCCCUUCUCGGCCCUCGACCGUACGGCGACGCGUUCGACGACGCCGUCUCGUUCGGCUCUGCAGCGCCCGAGCCGACGGGCGACAAGGAGGCGCCGCUCGGUCACGGCAUCGAGGGCGGCCUCGGCGGCGGCAUCGGCAACGAGGUCCCGAGCCCCAAGGGCAUCGACCAGGGCAUGUGA